AGUUGUUAGGCUCACUGGAGUUUAAUCAGUGAUGCCGGAGCUGACUUCGAAGGGCACUACCAUCUCCAAGAAAGGCUUCAAGAGAGCUGUAGCCAAAACCCAGAAGAAAGAGGGAAAGAAGCGCAGGAGAUGCCGGAAAGAGAGCUAUUCUAUCUACAUCUAUAAGGUGCUGAAGCAGGUGCACCCCGACACGGGCAUCUCGUCCAAGGCCAUGGGCAUCAUGAACUCGUUCGUCAACGACAUCUUCGAGCGCAUCGCGGGCGAGGCGUCGCGCCUGGCGCAUUACAACAAGCGCUCGACCAUCACGUCCAGGGAGAUCCAGACGGCCGUGCGCCUGCUGCUGCCCGGGGAGCUGGCCAAGCACGCCGUGUCCGAGGGCACCAAGGCCGUCACCAAGUACACCAGCUCCAAAUAAGACGAGUCAAGUUACCAGACAAGCGUUAUAACCCAAAGGUUCUUUUAAGAGCCACCCACAUUUUCCAAAAGACUGUAGGCUCUUAGUUGUAAUAUAUGUGCGUAGGUCUAAUGACCUAGAAACUGUU